AUGCUAAAAGUCUUUCAAUUUACAAGCAUUCUAUUGUUUUGUCAAUCACUAAAAGGAGAGCCACAAUGUCCAAACGGUUCACAAUAUUUUGAGCCACUUGGAUAUUGUUUACAAGCGAUUAAAGAAGCCGCUCCUUGGGGUUACGCAGAAAGCUAUUGUCAAGCUUUUGGAGGACAUCUUGCAUCGAUUCACAAUCUUAUGAUGAAUAGUGUUUUGAAUGGAGUCAAAGAUAGCGCAUUUAAUGGAAGUGGAUGCUACGUGGGCGGACGAAAAGUAAAUGGAAGUUGGACAUGGAGUGAUGGGACAAAGUUCAGCUAUCAGAUAUGGAAUCCAGCCACAACAUGUCCAAAAGGAGCAACAUAUGCAGCCGAAUUAGGCACUUGGUUGACUUCGGCCAAAAGUUUUUACAUUGGCGGGCGAAGGAAUGGUGGAAAUUAUCAAUGGAUGGAUGGAUCUCCUUUUACAUACACUAAAUGGAGUAUAGGAGAACCACGAUUUGAUUGUGUUCUUUUGGUGAAAGAGACUGGCAAUUGGAUCACUACAAAUUGCUCAUCGAGCUAUCAAUUUAUUUGCGAGCUGCCAGCAAUCGUGAAUGGAGGUUGUUCAACGACAGCACUGACAACAACACCGACAACGCAGAGUCCUAUCACAUAUCCACCCCCACCGUCUCUCAUUUGUCCAUCCGAUGAACUUCUUUACACUUGUCAAAGUGAUCCUCAGUACUUUAAUGGUUUUGCAUAUUGGGUU